AUGGAAUCAUUAAAACCCCAAACACAAAAUUCAUCAUCUAAAAUUAAUUCCACGCCAUUAUCCUCGUCUUAUAAAACGACAAAGCGGUCGAUGAUAUUACAUCCUCCAACUUUAAUAACAGUCAAAAAUCCAAAAACACAAACACCCUUUAUCUUGGAAUACUCGAUUCACAAAGGAUCUACAAGGUUCACAAGAGAAUUGAAAAAUAUUUUCCCCAAAAAUAUUAAGGAAAUAGAAAAUUGCUUAAUUUUACCUAUAUUUUUAAAAUGUCACAAUGAUUUAGUUGGCGUUGGAAGUCAAAUUGACAUGGAAAAAGAUGAGAGAUUGGAACAUUUUGUCGAAUGGGGAAAAUUUGUUUGCAAAAGAUUAAGAGAAAGAGGUUAUUGGGCAGAUAUAACAGAUCCUGCGUCUGGCUAUCCCAUACUUUCUGAAGCUGGUGUUUCUACAUAUCCUGAUGUACAAGGAUCAUAUGAAUUAUUAAAAUAUGAUGUCUUGAAUGCGGGUUGUUGUAGUAUUUUAUUACAUCCAAAUUGGGGAAGUAAGGUUUAUCCUGGAACUUUAUUCACAGACUCUAAUCAGGAUGAUAUUAUAGAAGGUCGUUUAACAAUUUAG